AUGAAUAAUUCAAACAUCUCCGGAAUUGAUACUUUAGAAGACGACGACCAAUCAUCAUCAUCUCCAAUUUCCGAUUUCGAAAUUAUUAGUAACUGCGAAGAUGAUAUAAUAAGUAUUUCAUCUAGCCAUGAAAAUUAUGAUGAAUCGGCUGAUGAACUACCCAAUGAAGAAUCAGAUUCUGAUGAUGAAAAUCCGAUCGAAUUGUUAAAUGACUCGGAUUUUUUGUAUUCUGAUAGUGAUGAUAACCAAACAAUAUAUGAUGGCGACAAUCUUGGGAGUUCUAGAAGAUCGGCUUCCUCAGAACAAAAAAGAUCUUCGGAUUUUCUUUCAGAUUCAAAUUCUAUUGAUAAUGUUCAAGUAUCUGGUAUAUGUGAGUCUCACGACUCUAAUAGUUGGUGUAGCAAGUGCCGCCCGAAUUGGCAUCCUUACGUAAAUUUUAAUGAUACUUUGAAAAUCAAAAACUCAUCGAUUAGUAAAUUCUUGAUUAAUAGCAACGAGAGAUCUCAUUGUUCAAGUUGUACUCCCAUUUGGAUUGAUUUUAAAUGUGGAUUUAAUCCAGUUAUGACUAGUGAAGGCCUUAUUUUUGCGAAUCCAACUUUCUUGAACCCUGGUUCUAGAUCUCAUUCGGGAAUGAAAAUGAAUGUGGUAGCAUUAAAAAAUAUUGGCUUACCUAAUAAUUAUGAUGAAACUUAUUUCUCUGAUUGUAAAUCAUGUAUAUACAAAUCAGGUCAUGUUCUUCCAUACCUUGGUGUCACUUUUCAUCCUGAAAACCUUAGAUAUAUGGUCGUGAUGCCAUUCUUACCAAAUCGCAAUCUUAGAGAAUAUUUGAAACAUCCGGAUAAUUUUAAAUCUUUCAUUUGGUCGCGCAGGCUUAGCAUGUUACACACUAUUGCAAUUGAGUUGGCAAAUCUGCAUAACCUAGGAAUAAUCCAUAAGAACUUGCAUCCAAAUAAUAUCUUGAUUGGCAAGGAUAUCGAAGAUCCAAUUAUUUCUGAUGUUGAUUUAAUGCCUCAAUUACCUUGUGUUAAUUCGUCUGAUGAAUACGUUGUCCAUGGUGUCCUUCCAUAUAUUGAUCCAAAAGGAAAACGUCCUCUUAUUCCAGAUCAUGUUCCAUCUUUUUAUGCUGAAUUGAUUAGGAUGUGCUGGGAUGCAUUUCCAGAAAAUCGUCCUGAUAUGAGAGAAGUUGCUGGUAUUUUCAAUUAUUGGAGAAACAAACUAGUUGUUUCUGGUUCUAAUUAUGGUAAUUACAACACAAAUGAGCAUAAUACUAUAUACAAAGAAAUUCAGAAAGCUGAUGAGUUUCAGCUACAAAAUGAUUUUUCUUCUAUAAUUAGAUUUAGUAAACUUCAUAUUGAUGCCAAAUAUUCUAGUUGUUCUUAUAAUUUUAAGUUUCCUAAAGAGUUGGUUCUAGGAAAUUCACCUUCUCAUAAACAAUCAAGUCUAUCGGCUCCUAUUAGGCGACACGUAAUUCCCGAUACUGGUCCCUUAAUUACUCCAAUCCCUGAUUCAGGAUAUGAUAGGAAUGGCAAUGUUGAAGUCGCUUUAAAAAGGUUAAAAGAUUCGCAAAAUAUUGGUCCUAGUUUUUUCCAAGAGUUGAUUGCGCAUCUUAACUGUGAAUCGAAUUGUUUUGUUCUCCCUUUGCGAUGUCGUUCAACGGAUGUAAUUUAUCACGAUGAAAGAAAUGAUUCAAUGUAUACAGGAGGAUUUAGACACAAAAGUAGAGAGGCUAUUUAUGAAAGUAGAUGUUUCAAAGUUACACAACUUUUGAGAGAUAUUGAAAAAAUGUCGACAAAUGAAGAUCUAGAACUAGACCAAGAGCAAACUGCAGUA